UCUUCACUUUCUCACCAAACUCUAAUUCCCUCUUUCCUUCAUCUCCAAUCUCCAUUUCCAAACCCUCAAGCUCGGACCUCUUCAAUGGCGGCGGCGUCUGCCAAUGGCUUCGCGACGGUCCUCCCCUGCCCGAUCGCCGAGCCGUCAACAUCCUAUUCCUCCACGGCCUCGCGUUCGCAGAUCCGAUUUGGCUACCAACCUUUGAAAUUCAAGAGAUUCGUCUCUGGAAGAGGAGUUUCGUUGAACCCUAGGUGUUCGAACGCUUCUGGGGAUUCGGUGCCGAGCAAUGAGGGGGAUCCCAUGGCUCUCGCUGUUUCCGCUCUCGAAAUGCUCAAGACGUCCACCGCUGCUGAAAGAUACACGAAAGAAAAGAGCAACAUUUUUGUCAUGGGACUCAAUGUUCGCACAGCCCCAGUUGAGUUACGCGAGAAAUUUAACAUCCCAGAAGCACAGUGGCCUCAAGCCAUAAGUGAACUUUGUGCUUUGAACCAUAUAGAGGAAGCUGCUGUUCUUAGCACAUGUAACCGUGUAGAAAUAUAUGUUCUGGCUCUGUCUCAAAUUCGUGGGGUCAAAGAAGUCACUGAGUGGAUGUCAAAGACAAGUGGAGUUCCUGAACCUGAGCUUUGUAAGCACCGGUUUUUGCUGUAUAACAAAGAUGCUACACAGCACUUGUUUGAAGUAGCUUCUGGACUAGACUCUCUUGUCUUAGGGGAGGGUCAAAUUCUUGCGCAGGUCAAACAAGUUGUAAAAGUUGGACAGGGAGUUUCUGGCUUCGGUAAGAGAAUUGGUGGACUGUUUAAGAAUGCAAUCACUGCAGGGAAGCGGGUUAGAUCUGAAACCAAUAUUGCCUUGGGAUCAGUUUCUGUGAGUUCAGCAGCUGUGGAGCUAGCCUUAAUGAAGCUUCAAGAACCUUCUUUUUCCAAUGCCAGAGUGUUGGUGAUUGGAGCAGGCAAGAUGGGGAAACUCUUGAUCAAACACUUGAUAGCAAAAGGAUGUGAGAAAAUGGUGGUGGUAAACAGGAGUGAAGAGAGAGUUACUGCUAUCUGUGAAGAGUUCAAAACUGUUGAAAUUAUCUACAAACCCUUUUCGCAAAUUUUUCCUAGUGCUGCUGAAGCUGAUGUCAUUUUCACCAGUACUGCAUCAGAAACUCCCUUAUUCUCAAAAGAACAAGUACAAAUGCUUCCCCCUGUUCGUCCAGAAAUUCGAAGACGGCUAUUUUUUGAUAUUUCAGUUCCUCGGAGUGUGGAUUCAUCCGUCAUGGAUCUUGAGACUGCGAGUGUAUAUAAUGUGGAUGAUUUAAAAGAAGUUGUGUCAGCAAACAUGGAAAAUAGGCUGCGGAAAGCUCAGGAAGCUCAAGUGAUUAUCAAAGAGCAAGUGAGCAAAUAUGAAGCCUGGAAAGAUUCCCAAGAAGCUGUUCCCACCAUCAAGAAGUUUAGAGCUUACGUUGAAAGGAUCAGGGCUGCCGAAGUGGAGAAGUGUUUGUCAAAAAUGGGCGACAAUAUCUCUAAGAAGGAAAAGCAAGCUAUUUAUGAUCUUAGCAUGGCCAUAGUGAACAAGCUCCUCCGUGGUCCAAUGGAGCACCUUCGGUGUGAUGGGAGCGACAGUCGUAGUAUGAAUGAGAUACUAGAGAACAUGCGUGCUCUAAACAGAAUGUUCGAUCUUCAAACAGAAACAUCUGUGUUGGAAGAGAAGAUUCGAUCCAAGGUUGAACGAAGCCAGAAGUAAGCUCUUUUUGGUGCUUUUUCUUGCUGCGAUAGGCGCAGAUCCAUAAUUAUAAGAAUCAUACAACAUUUUAUACACACCCUUUGCAGACCAUUGAAAUAGAAUCAGUCAUAUUCCUUUCAGGGAAACUCCUGUAUAUGCUUAUAAUUGACCUCACUCAGGGAAGCGAGGGAAAAGCCAAAUUUGCUGGCAAACUCAUUUUUGUAUAAGAGAUAUGUCUCAAUAUUCAAAUUACAUCGAUUUUUUUUUUUUUUUU